AUGUUUCGCCCUUGGAUCCGAAAAGCCGCUCGACUCCCAUCACCAUGUAUUGUAAAGUAUCCAGUCCGAUCGUCUUUAACUCGGCGAACAUUCACCUCUACGCCUUCACACCUGAACGAUGAUAGCACGCAACAAUCCACAACCACCAAUGCACCUUCAGCCCACACAAGCAUAUACAAAAACUUCGGCCGGGCCUUUGCAAAGGUCUUUCUAGGUGGCGUCCUCACGUACCAGAUUAUCUAUUGGGCAUGGAUGAGGCUGGAGGUUGAUGAAGAGAAGGUGAUGAAAAAUAAGGAAAUAGCUGGGCUGGAAAGUAAGGCGCGGGAGUUAUCGGCGACGCUGAAGAAGAAGGCUGAGUGA